UCCUUAAUUGUGUCUUUCACAUUAUUCAGUAUGUUCAUCAUAUGCACUGUUAUUGUCAACUGUGUGUUCAUGGCUUUUCUAAAAGAUGCGAAACUAAAUGAAUACCUUGAGUAUGUUUUUACUGCCAUCUACGUUUUUGAAGCAUUGAUUAAAAUAUUAGCAAGAGGACUUGUUCUGGAUGAGUUCACUUACCUUCGAGAUCCAUGGAACUGGUUGGAUUCCACUGUGAUCAUGCUGGCAUUCCUAUCAUGCAAGAUAGAAAAACUAGACAGCGUGUCAGCCCUUCGCACCUUCCGAGUUCUCAGAGCUUUAAAAGCCAUCUCCAUCAUUUCAGGUUUGAAAGUCAUUGUUGGGGCCCUUCUGCGCUCAGUGAAGAAACUGGUGGAUGUGAUGAUUCUGACCAUCUUUUGUUUGAGCAUUUUUGCUCUGGUGGCUCAGCAGCUCUUCAUGGGAAGUCUCAGGUACAGAUGUAUCAUGAAGACCUGUUUGAACCACGAAUAUGACUUGAAGCAACCUGACAACUGUACAUUUAAACAGGAUGAUGAUGACUUUAUAGAACGCUGCUCUGAAAAGAAAAGUGAAGGCUCAUCUGAAGCAAGAUUAUGUGGCACCUGGAUGGGUAACAGAUCAUGCUGCCCUGACUUUGUGUGCUGUAAAACGAAGCUCAGCCCUGAUUACGGUUUUACAAACUUUGACCAUUUUGGUUGGGCUUUUCUUAGCAUGUUCCGAGUGAUGACUCAGGAUUCCUGGGAACGCCUUUAUCAGCAGACUCUCCGAGUUGCCGGGCCAUUUGCUGUGGUCUUUUUUGUGGUCAUCAUCUUCCUGGGCUCCUUUUACCUGAUUAACCUGACCUUGGCUGUUGUCACCAUGUCAUAUGAAGAGCAGAAUAAAAAUGUGGCGGCUGAGACGGAAGCCAAAGAGAAAAUGUUCAAGGAAGCCUUGCAGCUACUGAAGCAAGAGCAGGAGACUCUAGUUGCUAUGGGAAUUGAUAGGAGCUCACUUAAUUCCCUUGAAACGUCAUCCAUUUCUUGCCAAAAGAGAAGCCUGUUCGGCAACAAGAGGAGGAAAUCUUUCCUUGUGGCAAAUUCUGGGCAAGUUCCAGGGCCACCAUCUGAUUCUGAUGAAAGUGUCCAAACAAAGCAGCAGAUCCUGAGCCAAACCAAGCGUCUAUCACAGAACUUGUCCCUGGAUUAUUGGGAUGAGCACGGUGACACCUUUCAAAGGCAGCGAGCCCUGAGUGCCGUCAGCAUUGUCACCAUCACCAUGCAGGAGUAUGAGAAAUCACAACAGAAAUGCCUUCCUUGCCAGAAUAACUUUGCCUCCAAAUAUCUCAUUUGGGAGUCCUCCCCUCGGUGGCUACGCAUUAAAAGAGUGGUGGAACUUGUGAUUAUGGAUCCCUUUGCUGACCUGGCCAUCACCAUUUGCAUCAUCCUCAACACUAUAUUCAUGUCAAUGGAGCACUAUGGACAGGGAAAAGACUUUGAUAAAAUGCUCUGUAUAGGAAAUUAUGUUUUUACUGGAAUUUUUAUAGCAGAAAUGUGCCUCAAAAUCAUUGCCCUGGACCCAUACUACUAUUUUCUGCGACCCUGGAACAUUUUUGACAGCAUCAUUGUCAUUCUAAGUAUUGUGGAAAUAAUAAUUUCUGAUGUUCUUAAAUCAAAUCUGUCAAUAUUGCGUUCCUUAAGGCUGCUGAGAGUUUUCAAGUUAGCCAAAUCCUGGCCAACGCUAAAUACUCUCAUUAAGAUCAUCGGUCAUUCAGUCGGUGCCCUGGGUAACCUCACGCUGGUCCUGGCCAUCAUCGUCUUCAUCUUCUCAGUUGUUGGCGUGCAGCUUUUUGGGAAUUCCUUCAAUGGAACACUCCCACAGAAUGGUUCUUCCCAAGUUCCAAAGUGUCGGCGUUGGCACAUGGGAGACUUCUUCCACUCCUUCUUGGUUGUAUUCCGGAUUCUCUGUGGUGAAUGGAUUGACAACAUGUGGGAGUGUAUGCAGAACUCUUCCCAUGUGCUGUGCAUUCUAGUCUUCUUGCUGAUCUUGGUGAUUGGGAACUUGGUGGUACUCAAUCUCUUCAUUGCCCUCUUGCUCAACUCUUUCAGUUCUGAGGAAAAAGAAGGGAAUGGGCCUGGAGAGAUGAGGAAGACCAAGCUGCAGCUUGCUUUUGAUCGCUUUCGCCGGGCAUUUUAUUAUGUGAAACAUGCCAUUGGUCACUUUUGUAGCCGUUCUUUCAGGAAGCAAAGGUCUAGAAAGCUAAAAGAUGUGUCCAAGAAAUGUAAAGUUCAGGAUAAAGACAUCAUUCCACUGGAAUCAGGAAUAAACCAAGAGCAAAGAAACCAGGAAAAAAUUUGUUCUCAGGACCAGGACAGUUCCUUUGGGUUCACAGGCUUGGGCUCUUUACAGGAGAAUUUGAACACCUGGUAUGCUCCAUUUAUUAAAGCUCCCCUUGCUGAAGAAGAAGAAGAUCAGGAGUUUAUGGUUGAAGAUGAGCUUCAGAAUGUCAUGGAAACAGAAUUUUAUAAACAGGCAGAAAAAGAAUGUGUCAGUCCUGGAGCCACGAGUGGAGACAUUGAUGUAUUUUUUGAAGAUGGCCCUGAAUUGGCAGCACCAAAAUUAAGAGAGAGCUUUGAUGUCACCAGCUACCUCUCAGAUUGCAGCACCAUUGAUCUAAAGGAUCUAGUUUUGUUGGUUCCUGAAAUGCUACCACCAAAGGGGCCUGAGAGAUGUUUGCCCAAAGGCUGUAAUAAAUGCUUUCCAUGCUUUGCACUGAAUGUAAGAAAGUCUCCUGGAAUCAUUUGGCUGAGACUAAGGAUAACCUGCUACAGAAUUGUCAAGCAUGACUGGUUUGAGAGUUUCAUUAUCUUCAUGAUUCUUCUGAGCAGUGGAGCACUGAUAUUUGAAGAUUGUUCCCUUCAAUCAAAACCCAAAAUUAAGGAGUUGCUGAAUUUUACAGACAGGGUUUUUACCUAUAUUUUCACCCUAGAAAUGUUCUUAAAAUGGGUGGCAUUUGGAUUUAGGAAAUAUUUCACCAAUGCAUGGUGCUGUCUCGACUUCCUCAUUGUAAAUGUAUCUAUUAUAAGCCUUAUUGAUGAUAGCCCAGGCUCACCCAAAUCUUUUAAUGUUAAAUCCUUUCGAACCCUGAGAGCUCUGAGGCCAUUGCGAGCCCUGUCCCAGUUUGAGGGCAUGAAGGUCGUUGUCAAUGCCCUUAUUGGGGCCAUCCCUGCCAUCAUGAAUGUCCUGCUUGUCUGCCUCAUUUUCUGGCUCAUCUUCUGCAUGUUAGGGGUGAACCUUUUCUCUGGGAAAUUCAGAAAGUGCAUCAACCAAACGAAAAAUGAUGAACUUGUAAACCAUACGACCAUUAGUAACAUGUCAAUGUGCAACAGCACUGAAAACCCUCAUGUUUGCUGGAUUAACACUAAAGUCAACUUUGAUCAUGUUGGAAUUGGUUACUUGGCCCUCCUGCAGGUGGCAACAUUUAAAGGUUGGAUGGAAAUUAUGUAUGCAGCUGUAGAUUCAAGAAAGGUAGGCGAGCAGCCCUACUUUGAGGCAAAUCUCUAUGCAUAUCUCUACUUUGUUGUUUUCAUCAUUUUUGGCUCAUUCUUCACGCUGAAUCUUUUCAUCGGUGUAAUCAUUGACAACUUUAAUCAACAGCAAAAAAAGAUAAGUGGCCAAGAUAUCUUCAUGACAGAAGAACAGAAAAAAUACUAUAAUGCAAUGAAAAAGCUGGGAUCAAAGAAGCCCCAAAAGCCAAUCCCAAGGCCCUUGAAUAAGUGCCAAGCUUUUGUGUUUGAUGUAGUUACCAACCAGGCCUUUGAUAUUUUCAUCAUAACCCUCAUUUGCCUUAAUAUGGUUACCAUGAUGGCAGAAACUGACUCCCCUGAAGGACCAAACAAACAAAAGGAAAAUCUUCUAGAGUACCUCAACCGAGCCUUUGUUGUCAUCUUCACAGUCGAGUGCCUCUUGAAAAUCUUUGCUCUGCGGCAAUUCUACUUCGCUAAUGGCUGGAACUUAUUUGAUUGUGUGGUCGUGGUGCUCUCCAUUGUUAGCAGUAUGGUGGCUCUCCUGGAAAAGAAUAAAGCAAUUCCAUUCCCUCCCGUGCUCUUCAGAGUCAUCCGCUUGGCUCGGAUCGGCCGAAUCCUCAGGCUUGUGCGAGCAGCUAAAGGCAUCAGGACCCUCCUUUUUGCACUGAUGAUGUCCCUUCCUUCUCUAUUCAACAUUGGGCUUCUUCUCUUUCUGGUCAUGUUUAUCUACGCCAUUAUCGGGAUGACCAAUUUCGCCCACGUGAAAUAUGAUGCGGGGAUUGAUGACAUGUUCAACUUUCAAACCUUUGGUAGCAGCAUGCUGUGUCUCUUCCAGAUCACUACAUCAGCAGGCUGGGAUGCCCUCCUAAGUCCUAUGCUGAGUUCAAAAUCUGCAUCUUGUAGAUCCGACGAUUCACCUUGUAUUCCAGGAAGCUCGUCUUGUAAUGCAGAAAGUUCAUCUUGCAAACUAGAAAAUUCACCUUGUAAUCCGGAAAGCUCACCUUGCGUCAGAAAUGGCAUUAAACCUGGUGGCGACUGUGUGAGCUCGGUCAUGGCGAUUGCGUUCUUUGUCAGUUACAUCAUCAUCUCCUUCCUAAUUGUCGUAAACAUGUACAUCGCCGUGAUUUUAGAAAACUUCAACACGGCCACUGAGGAGAGUGAGGAUCCCUUGAGUGAGGACGACUUUGACAUAUUCUAUGAAACUUGGGAAAAAUUUGAUCCGGAAGCAACCCAAUUCAUUGAAUAUUCAGUACUCUCAGACUUUGCUGAUGCCCUGCCGGAUCCUUUGCGUGUGCCCAAGCCAAACCGAAAUCAACUUCUGAUGAUGGACCUGCCCAUGGUCAGUGGCAAUCGCCUCCAUUGCAUGGAUAUACUGUUUGCGUUUACCACAAGGGUCCUGGGUGACUCGGAGGGAAUAGAUUGCCUUAAAAGCCAGAUGGAAGAGAAAUUCAUGGAGGCCAACCCGAACAAGAAGUUAUACGAGCCCAUCAUGACCACCACAAAACGUGUAGAAGAAGAGCGCUGUGCUGCUGUCAUCCAGAAGGCCUAUCGACAUUAUUUGAAGAAGAAUUCCGCCAGGAAAGCGGUCACUUCCUCACCGCAUCAGAUGGUCUGUAAUGGAGCCAUUGAUACCUUAGAAGUGCCUGAUGGGAAAGUACACUUUGACUGAUGUUGAUGGCGGUCAAACAACAGACCGUCACAAGCUAUAGCCUUGCCAUUUUGCCUUCACACUAUAUGAAGGCAUAAGGUGGAAUCCACUGCCUAUUGAACAUCCAAUUGGUAGCUGAAUGCUCAGUUGUUUUAUCUUGUCAAGCAUAAGUAAUUGUUCAUUUAAAUAUACAAGGGAAGACUUUAAGUGUGACUUCAGGAAUCCAGUUGUAGAAUGUUCCGCAGCCGUGUUUCUAUUCCUUUAAAAAUCAGGUACUGGAUUGAUGCCUAAAAGGAAAUCUGUAAAGGACGGGGGCGGGCACGGGGAUGUCUGGAUUAUUCUCCGAAGGUUGUACGGAUGGCACCCUGAUGCUGCCCCUGCUCCUAGGAAUCAUCGUAUCUAAGGACCUCGCAUGCUAGCCUGGUGCAUUACCCACUGCAGAUGCUUUUGGUUGGCAUAAACGGAAUGUCUGUGUCAUCUCCAAAAGUGUUCCUUUGCUGCCUUUGUCAUGAAUGCUUGAAAAAAUAAA